AUGCCUCAGACUAUCCCCACAGCCAGUCGCCUCACCGACCUCUUCAGCUUGAAGGGCAAGGUCGUUGUCGUCACCGGAGCUUCCGGACCCCGAGGCAUGGGAAUUGAAGCUGCGCGCGGUUGCGCCGAGAUGGGCGCCGACCUCGCCAUCACUUAUUCGUCCCGCAAAGAGGGCGCAGAGAAAAACGCUGCCGAGCUGGAGAAGGAAUACGGCGUCAAGGUCAAGGUGUACAAGAUCAAUGUGAGCGAGUACACCGACGUUGAACGCUUCGUCAACCAAGUGGUCUCCGAUUUUGGCAAGAUUGAUGCCUUCAUUGCCAACGCCGGUGCAACAGCCAACAGCGGAGUUGUCGAUGGCAGUUCUAGCGAUUGGGAUCAUGUUAUCCAGAUCGAUCUGAGCGGCACUGCGUACUGCGCAAAGGCCGUCGGCGCUCACUUCAAGAAGCAGGGUCGCGGAUCCUUUGUCAUCACAGCUUCAAUGUCUGGUCACGUCGCAAACUUCCCUCAGGAACAGACCUCAUACAACGUUGCCAAGGCAGGCUGCAUACAUCUGGCGCGCUCUCUGGCCAACGAAUGGCGCGAUUUCGCCCGAGUCAACAGCAUCUCGCCUGGCUAUAUCGACACCGGCCUGUCCGACUUUAUCGACCCCAAGACGCAAGAACUGUGGAGGAGCAUGAUCCCAAUGGGACGCAAUGGCGAUGCUAAAGAACUAAAGGGCGCGUAUGUCUAUCUCGUCAGCGAUGCUAGUUCAUAUACGACCGGAGCCGACAUUGUAAUUGAUGGAGGAUACACUACCCGAUAG